AUUGGUCCCACUGUGUUUUGUUAGUCACGUUGCUAGGAUACACCAGACAGGACUGCAACCUCACGUAUAGAUGUGUACUGAAACGUUUUGACAUAAUUUUGCCUAAAAUACGAUUAAAAUGUUCGAUAACGAGGAAGGACAAGGCCCGAAAAGCACCUUCACCACCUACAUGGCUGAAGGAGACCAGCUGUUCCAGAGAGGAGAGUAUGUCAAAGCCGUCGAGAGCUUUACUACGGCUUUAACUUUGCAACCGGAUGAUAAGAACUGUUUAGUUUCCAGAUCCAGGUGUUAUGUUAAACUCGGAGACGCAGAAAACGCGCUGAAAGACGCCGAGAGCUCACUUAAAGACAACAAAAACUACUUCAAGGGUCUCUAUCAGAAGGCUGAAGCCUUGUACACUAUGGGCGAUUUUGAGUUUGCAUUGGUCUACUAUCACAGAGGCCAUAAGCUGCGACCAGAGCUACAGGAGUUCCGGCUGGGAAUUCAGAAAGCUCAAGAGGCCAUAGACAAUUCAGUCGGCAGUCCUUCCUCUGUGAAGCUGGUUAAUAAAGGUGACCUGUCUUUCUUCCAUAACGGGGUUCAUCCCCAGAAUUUAAAUCCUUCUAAUAAGAAAGAAUCCAAAAAGCACAGCAAGAAGACAGACAAAGGUGAAAAAACAGCCAAGCAGCUUCUAGGAGAGCUGUACAGUGAUAGAGAGUACUUGAAGAAACUUCUACAGGAUGAAGAUCUUGUCAAAUGUAAGAUACGAAGUGGAGAGCGCGUGCAGGAUCUGAUCGUAGGCUCUAUCUCAUAUCUGGACACGCGGAUGGCAUUCUGGCAGCAGCAGAAACCCAUUUAUGCUCGUCAGAGAGACAGAAAGCUAAUGCAGCAGCAGUGGAGCAAGGUUCUGCACAAGCCUCCCUCAGAUCCCACACGAUACGUGCUCAGCAGUCUGGAGGAGAUCGACACAGCUUUGAGUGCAGGCUAUACAGAAAGCGGCCUGAACAAGGCCCGAGAGCUCAUGAAGGUGGUGAAGGAUUGGUCUGAGGAUGCGCUGCCCAAUAAAAAUGAAGUGCUUGGGAACCUGCACAGCUACAUUGGCAAUGCACUAAUGGAUCUUGGGAAUAUGGACAGAGCUUUGCAUCAUCAUGAGAAAGAUCUGGAGCUAGCCAAGAAAUGCGACCUGACAGACAGUAAAUCCAGGGCUCUGGACAACAUUGGCCGUGUUUACGCACGGAUUGGCAAAUUUCAGCAAGCUAUAGAAGUCUGGGAGAAGAAGCUGCCUUUAGCAUGUGGCGGGUUAGAGAAAGCCUGGUUGUUCCAUGAAAUCGGCCGCUGUUACCUUGAGCUGAAGCGCUACAUGGAAGCUCGAGACUACGGCUCCCGCUCGCUCAUGGCCGCCGAUGACAUCAGCGAUGAGAAAUGGCAGCUCAAUGCCAGCGUUCUCAUGGCGCAGGCAGAAUUGAAGCUGAGCAACUACAAGGCCAGUGUGUUACACUUUGAGAGGGCACUGGAGCGGGCAAAACUGCUGCAGGACGACUCUGCCAGCGAAGCCAUCCAGAAGGCUCUUUGUGAAGCAAGACUCAGAGUGACUCAAUGAAACCAGAAAAAAGCCUCAAAUAAAAUGGCUGCAGUCGGCUCCAUCAUCCUUCAAGACAAGUCAGAACUAAUGCAUCCUUCCUACUGGAAUAAAAUCCGCCUGAGGAGCGCUGCAGUCAGGUGUCUUUAGUUAAGGUUUACUUUAUGACUGCCUUUGUGCUGGUUUCCAUAUGGGCAAAAAGAUGUUUCACAUAGUUUUACAUAAAUAAACUGUCACUGUUUCAUAGAUAUAAUAAA